GUUUCAGCUCAAACUUUCUCCUGCAACAGCAGCAGCUCGAGCGCGCGUAGGACGCUCGCGCUCAAACUCAUUGAUCUGCCACAUCUUGACAGUGACUUUUGAACACUUUUUCAGAUGAAUUUGAAAAGUUUUACAGGGGUUUGAUCCUCUAAAGACGGUAACUUUUUAUUUUUUUAUCCUAACGGGACGCGGUUUUGCCUGAAGAAAGGAUGCGAAUGAAGACGUUUGGGAGUUGACAUGUUUGAAAGGUUCGACUCUUGAUUACGUAAGAUUACGUUUUCGGGUGUGUUUAGUAUCUAAACUAGAAGUCUGGCUCAUGUCCUCGGAGACUAUCUUACCUCCGGAGGGGCCUGAAGGGCCAAAAAAACAGCUCCAACAGGAAACAAGUCUACUUCUGUCCAACUCACCAGAUAAAUGCAACAGUUGCACUGAUGAAUCACCAAACUCUACAGAAACAUCCAAAACUUCGCUACUCGGAGAUCACAAUGCAGAUGAGCAGUGUCACAUGACCGGGGAGAGCCACACCCGUGAUGACCUUGUUAGAACUCAACCUCAGCCUCUGCCCCAGCCAGCGACAUCCCUACAGCAUGCCAGUGACAGAGAGGCUGCCAGGCAACAAAACAGCCUGCACACAACGCUAAGUAAUGGCCACAGCACGCCGUGUGGAGUCACGCAGCCCCCCGCCACCGAGCCCAGAAAACACCCGCCGCCUGUCUCGCACCGUGUGCAGAGAAAGCUUCGCUCCAGUCUGUCUGUCAACAGUGACACCAGCCGAAGGAGUAAAAUAAGCUCGACGGGUUCAUAUAAACCUGGCUCCACUCCAGAGGACUGCUGUGUCCACUGCAUCCUGGCCUGCCUGUUUUGUGAAUUUCUCACACUGUGCAAUAUGGUGGUGGCUCAGGCCUCGUGCGGCACCUGUACGUCAGAAGCCUGCUGCUGCUGUUGCUGCGCAGAUGACCUGGGAGACGACUGCAACUGCCCCUGUGACAUGGACUGUGGCAUCAUGGAUGCCUGCUGCGAGUCGUCGGACUGCCUGGAGAUCUGUAUGGAGUGUUGCGGAAUCUGUUUCCCAACAUAAAAGCCCAUGCAGAUGACAGCCAGGACAGAUAUAGAGUGGAGUGGAGUGUGUGUGUGUGUGUGUGUGUGUGAAAGAGAGAAUGAGAGCUCGAGAGUGUGUUCUUUUGCUCAAGAUGGCCAUGUAGAGGUCAUGUAAACUGUACAAAAAUACAUUGCAUACUUAACCCUGUAGACUAAAACUACAAUAAGACGCUUAAUAUUUAAAAGGCUAAUUCACCCAGAAAUGAAAAUUCUGUCAUUUUAUUUCAACACUGUAUGGCUUAUGUAUGGUCACCAUUCACUUUUAUUAAAUCUUUUCCAUACAAUAAAAGGGAAUGGGGACUGAGGCUGUGCCUCAAACAGUCUGCCUAACAGCUCUUUUUGCCAAAAAGAAGAAAGGAAAAAAGUCAUGCAUGUUUGAGUUUGAGUAAAUAAUGACAUUAUUUUCUAUUUUGGGCCUUAAAUCAGAUAAUCAAUGCUAUAUAAUCAAUGCUAAUAAUAUAUCAGAGCUUGUCUUUUUGUAUCCUAUUUUACUGUUUUCGUCCCUUUUAACUAAUUUCUUUGUUGUUUUUUUAAGAUAUAUCCUACUUAAGAAUUGUAUUAACUCUGAAAUGUUGAACUGAAAACUGAGCAGACAUCAGAUGACUUGAGUCCGCUCUGCACAUCACUGUAAUUUGAGUAGAAACAGAACGCUUUCACACUGUCAGAGGUCAAGCCUUUGUGGGUGCUAAGUGGGAUUCUUAUUUAAAAAAUGUUUUUAUUGUUUGUUUUGAAAAAGGAGAGGGCUUUUUAAGUGAUGGCCAAUUUGGAAGUCUUUAUUUAAGCAGUGUCUACUGUAUGUCACUUCAUUAAAAGUUUCCAAGUUUAAAAAUAAAAAUAAAAAUAGGACAUCCAAUGAUAUUAGCAGUUGGGUUGAUGGAAAGUGAUUUUAAGGUUGGAUGAAUUAACUGGGUACAUGCUAUACUUUAGAAUGUGCAGUGGCCCAAAAGUAUUUGGAUGCUUAAGCCAAGCUUAAAAUGUACGAUGUAAUUGCAUUAGAUACAAUAGCAAACCAAGCUGCAUUUAUUUUUUUACACAGUGGCAAAUCAUUUAAAAGUCAUGGCAAAAAAAAACAAGGCUGAGAAAAGUUACUUCUGACUUGUUUGCAGAUGCCACUUGCUUUAAUAUUUUGUUAUCUAAUGCAGUGACAUGUAAUUAAUAAGGAUCUAAAAAAUACAGUGUAAACUUUUUUAUUCUUUAUUUCAUUUCUUUAUUUGCUUCUCUAAACUAGGACAACCCUUCUUGCCUCACUUUUAAGUAAAUACUGGAUACACUAUUGCAAAGUGCUGUUUUCCUUGACCGUAGUAGUCUGUAUUACAUUGCCUAAGGCCUUUGCAAAUUGUAAAAAUAUGUAAUUUCUCUGCAUUAUGUAAGCUAAAGUUAGCAUCAAUGUUAACACAGUUGGUUUUUCUUCAUAGUGUGUAAUGCUUUUGGUAUGUCAUAUGUGUUUGUGACUCGGCUUACUCAUCUCGUCGAAACUGCUUAUGAUAUACUUGCGAAACUGCACCUCUUAGAACACCGUGUGACUGUACUGACCCGAAACGUUCAAGAAAAAUAGGUUAAAAGGUGAACUACUUGACCUCUCUUACCUCUCCUGAAUCAGAUAGUUCUUGUUUUUUUGACAAGACCCACUUACAGACCUUAACUAACAAAGACAUUUACAGUGAAGAUUCAAAGGAAAUGUAUGCAAUAAUUUAGUUGAAUUCUUAGGCUAAGCAGUUCUUUGUUACUGUAAGUGCUAUUCAUAUGAAUAAUGUGCAUUCUUUAUUUUAAUAGUCAGGAAAAGUCAAGCUGAACUCGAGUUACAUUUUUUUAGAUAUUUCUCGUUUACAAAUUAAACGAUUUCCCAAUUAAUUUGGCAGAAUUCAAGCUAGCUUGCAUUUAAAAAAACAAAUCACUUCUCUCAUCUAAGAGCAAAUAAAUUAAUUAAUAAAUAUAUACUGUAAAUAUAUCAUACCUGUUUAAUUAAAAAACAAAAAAUCUAUUUUUCAGAGACUAUUUAAACACUCAAAUCAGGAUUAAUCAAAAUGUGUCUUUCAGGAGUUAAUUGCAAUUCCAGACGACCAGACAAAACAACCGUCUACGAAAAAUGGCCUUUAAAAAAAAAAAAAAAAAGAAAAAGGAUUAAUAUGUGCCAAAUAUAAAAAUACAGGUGCCAUAUUUUUUUUAUACAUUUCUGAAGAGAAUGUGAACAGAGCUUACCAUAUUUAUCUUUUCUCAUAAAGCAAACUGUACUUAAAUCGAUGUUUUAAUGUUUUUCUUUGUCCUACAGUUUUUCAAUGUCUUUUAGUAUGUACUUGUUUCUUAAUGGACCAUAAAAAUUACAUUUUUCUAAAAAUAAAAUGGUAAACUGGAGAUUAAGAAAUCUGCUUGUGAUGCUCAAUUGUGUUAUUAUUCACUGAAAGCAGGAAGCCGCCCGUGGAAGGAAUGUUUAUCAGGUGCCGAUGUCAUGCAUCGGUGCAGCUGGGCUGUUUCCCAUUGCCUUCAGAUAUGCAGUAAUUGAGUAACAUGCACAAGGUUCAGAGAAGGAUUUAAUGUGUAUCGUUAGCAUCAGAGUCUGUGUAUCGAGUUGUAUCUCUGUAGAGAUUUGAAAGGUUUGUGAUAGUUUCAGGACUGAGUGUCAAGCUGAAUUAAAUGUUAGAGAAAGUUGUUCACUAGUUAAAUUGGGUAUGUGUAUUUGCUGCUGGUGUUACUAGUAACAUUUACUUGUGAUAAUCUGAUACGGUCCUGAAUAUUGACUGAUGUUUUGCCAUUUUGAGAUUAUUGGCAUUGUGUGAUAACUGUGCAGAUUAACAGAAGUUGUAGUUACCCCUCGUGUCAGUUCCAGAAUCGACCAACAGCCUUGUCAAUAGAUAUUUUCUGUUUUCAUAUAUUUUAGUGAAUUAUGAAUUAUUUAAUUAUGAGUGUAAAAUUAUGAUAAAUAUGUUUUCAAUAUUCAUCUUGACAUACUUGAUUCUGGUCGGUCAAAUUGCAGCAUUCAGCAGUUAUAUUUUUGUUUAAUGAUUGUGUAAUUAUUAAUUUGGCAAGCAGCCGUGCAAUGAUCAUGUUAACAUACACUGAGAUGGUCAUAAUUGCAAAAUAAACACCAACAGGGUGAUCGGGUCUUGUAUUGCCCUAAAGGGGUUCAUUUUGUGAUAAUGACCAGCUCACUGAACAUGCUGAUGUAUUGGGAAGAUUGGGGCAAGUAGUCAAACUUUUAGCUGCAAUGAAUUUCUUAGGGUAGGUUUAUUUUUCAAAGUCUAUUUCUAUAUAGCCACACACCUUAAAGUCUUGUGAACAAAAAAAGCUUAUGAACAUUGUUGCAUUUAAUUCCCAGGAAAAGAAUUAAGCAAAUUGAACACACUUUGACCUUUUUGUGACAUCCUGCCCCAAUAGCGGGUUAUCUACAAUCGAUAAAUUGUAUACGUUUAUGACUUUUAAAACACGUGACAGCCCGACAUUAAUUUGAAACCACUUGUCCUAAUAACCCAUUUAAACCUUUCGGUAAACUCUUCCUUAAUAAUAAUAUACUGUAGUUGACCCUUGCCUUAAUGUAUGUUUACCGAAGAGAUGUAUAUAAAUAAAAAAAUAUAUAUGAUAGUUAAAAUGUACUUUGGAGGGUAGAAUUACAGCCCUUGACAACCUAACCAUGUUACAACUUGUCCUGGUCUUCCCUAUAUAUUCAUAUUAUUGCAUGCCUACUUGCUUGGCUGAUAUGUAAUUGCACUGGCUGACUGUGCUUAUGCCUUACAUAUUUGCCAUUUGUUUCUUUGUUUUAUAGAAAUCGAAAUUAGACCAGGCUGGAAAUUGGCUAUUGAAAAUCUCAUCAUAUUCCAAACGUUGCCUGUACAACCGGAACCUGACCACCACUGUUGCGUAAGUCAGAAGGAACUACAUCCUUUCCCACUGGUGGUGGUCUUCCCUGACCUAUGACAAACAUCUCCCCCUGUUAACCUCUCAAUUAACCUCAAACAACCCCACCUGUGCUGCCUUCUGUUCAAGUCCCCCCUCACCCCCCAUUCCAUUUGUCAUUUUCUGCCCGAUACCACCUGCCAGGAAAUUACCGCCUUAUUUCACUAAUGGCAAUGCUGAAAAUAUUGGAAGUCAUCUCUAAUCACAUGGGAGAGGUUUUUUCUCUAUAUUCUUCCUAUUCA